AUGAUGUCAAAGAAAUACCAGCUCUUGCUUUUAGUUUUUGUUAUGACUGUUUUAAGCAGCAUGGCACAACCAAAUACGGUGAUCAACGAGGAGUCAGCUCGGCUUGUAAACAGGAAAGAGUUUGACUCAGCCGCUAGAAGCCAGCUUCGCGAAGCUAGUGGUUUGUCUGAUGCGGUUGGUGGAAGCCAGAAGCAACGUUCUUCAGCUGCAAUAAAAACGAUCACAAGAAUUGAGAGAAGCAGCAGUGACGAGCAAUUAAUGCCUGAGAAUGUGCUGAGUCAGGAUUCUAUCGGACAAACCUCGACGCCCACAUCUACCUCUCCCGAAACUUCCACAGAGUAUCCCUACGAUUGUCGGCCCAGGAAGUCUCUAGACCAAACCAGGAGGUCUACCAUAUUGACAGAUGCCGACCUAUCUGUUGCCAUGGAAAUGUGCACGGGUGUCAACGAGGAGCUUUUCACAAAACUCUGGAGCAACAUGAACUUUAUGAAGAUGGAGCAUAACAGCACUGUCACUGUUCCCAGUGCAGUGACGAAGGACAACCACGCCAAAGAUCAGCAACCAAGGAAAGUUGUCAUCAAAACGGUGACUGUGUCGCACGAAAAAAUGGGUACGGUUUGUGUCAGCCUAGUGUCUGAUUAUAUGGAAACUGGUAUGUAUCUCCUUCUUAAUUCUGCAAACGGAACAUCCGUGUACCUCGUCACUCAGAAGAAGGGAGGAAUUGUUUUCCCGUCGCGUCUGGUACUGAACUCUUCUCUUGAGGACAUGACAACCAUUCUACUGGCCACAUCCAAACACUGGAGAGUUUCCGGAAGUUCUGGAGCAGCGAAUCACAUCAAAGGUCAACAUGAGAUCGUUAUUUCCCUUGAAAAUAUAACUGUAACAUUAUUUAGAAGUGCCAUUGGGGAGCGUGUCUAUUACGAAAUUACAAUACAGCUGAAAGCACCUGAUAUGGCUUAUGGUGGGAUAUUAGGGGAUCUUCUCGCGGCCAAGUCAGCCUCCCUGGCAAACAAGCCUAUGAAGCCUAAAGGUCAGCAGAGAUGUAAGCCCGCCGCAACACUGAAACUAACCAAACACAGAGCCUCGUUUUGUACAUUCAUGGGCUAUCUUCUAGGUCUGCUUGACGAUCUUGCACACAAUCUGCCGAGCACAAUUUUCGAAUAA